AUGACCGAGAACUAUCGUCCACGAUCUCCCGACCUUUCUUCUCUCCCCGCUCUCCCCCCCAACCCUCCUUACGUACCUUUGAGCCCUCUCGCUCAUCGCGUAUCCUACGACGCCUCGCCUUUCUUCAAUCCCGCCCAAGCCCAAGCCCAACCCCAAGUCCAAGGUCGCGUCUCCGAACAGUACGUGCCGCCGUUUCAGGAAGACGACAUGGCUCGCCGCUCCUCUCGCUUGCAUGAUGAUGCGCCCGUUCCCGAGGCUCCAGGCGCAAUGCCCGUCGCGAUGCCCGACGAAAUUCCCCAGGCGCGUCCCGGCGCGGGGAUUGAGGUCAAAACCAAGUUUCCUGUCGCGCGCAUUAAGCGCAUCAUGCAGGCCGACGAGGAUGUCGGCAAGGUCGCUCAAGUCACCCCGAUCGCCGUCUCCAAAGCACUCGAGCUCUUCAUGAUCUCGCUCGUCACGAAGGCCGCCCAUGAAGCCAAGGACCGUAACUCGAAGCGCGUCACGGCGUCUCAUCUGAAGCACGCGGUGGCCAAGGACGAGGUGCUGGACUUUUUGGCCGACAUCAUCGCCAAGGUGCCCGAUCAACCCGCCGGUCGGAAACACGAAGAUGACGGCAGCGACCAAAACGAAGGGCGUCGGAAGCGUGGUGGACGGCGACCCAAGGAGGAGAGCGACUAG